AUGGCUAAAGGUUUCUUCAUCAGCAAAACGGUGGGGAUUAUCGGCAUCGUUUUAGGUGCCGGAGCGGUGGCCACCAUCAUCGCCCUGUCCGUCGUUUACUCCGAAGAAAAAUCCAAAAACAGUGAAGUGGUGGUGAAGCCCACAGAAGGACCAACCACGACAACCACGACAACCACGAUCACAACCCAGCCAUCCAACGAGCCAUGGGACAGGUACCGUCUCCCCGACACUCUGGUCCCAGACUGGUACGACCUGACGUUAUACCCACGUCUCAGCCCGAACCCUGACGGCAUCUACAUCUUCACCGGGAGCUCCAGCGUCACGUUCAGGUGCCUGAAGGACACCGAUCUGAUCCUGAUCCACUCCAACAAGCUGAACCUGACGUCCCCUCCCACGCUGAGCGCGCUCGGUGGCUCGCCGGCACCGUCCGUCCGGUCGCACUGGAUGAAGGAGAGCACCCAGUACCUCAUCAUCCACCUGGAGCAGAACCUGAAAGCCGGAGAGUCGUACCGACUCCACACGGAGUUCAGAGGAGAGCUCGCUGAUGAUCUGGGAGGAUUUUACAGGAGCGAGUACCUGGAGAGCGGAGUCAAACAGGUCGUGGCUACGACUCAGAUGCAGCCGACCGACGCCCGGAAAGCGUUCCCGUGUUUUGAUGAACCGGCCAUGAAAGCUGUGUUUAACAUCACGCUGCUGCACGAGCCGGGCACCACCGCCCUCUCCAACGGGAUGGAGAUCAGCACGACGGACGUGACGGUGGACGGAGAGUCUCUGAAGAAAACCACCUUUGAAGAAACCAAGCGAAUGUCCACCUACCUGCUGGCCUUCAUCGUCAGCAACUUCAUCGAUAUCUGGCACAUGGAGGGAGAUGUUCUGAUUCGUAUCUACGCCCGUAAAGAUGCCAUCAAUGCAGGUCAGGGCAGGUACGCCCUCAACAUCACGGGACCCAUCCUAAAAUUCUUUGAGGAAUAUUACAACGCCACCUACCCGCUUUCUAAAUCAGAUCAGAUCGCUCUGCCCGACUUUAACGCCGGCGCCAUGGAGAACUGGGGUCUGAUCACCUACAGAGAAACGGCGCUGCUCUACGAUCCCGAAAUCUCCUCCAACGGGAACAAGGAGAGAAUCGCCACCAUCAUCGCUCACGAACUCGCCCACAUGUGGUUCGGGAACCUGGUGACGAUUCGGUGGUGGAACGAUCUGUGGCUGAACGAAGGUUUCGCCUCGUACGUGGAGUAUCUGGGGGCAGACCGAGCCGAGCCCUCGUGGAACAUCAAAGAUCUGAUCGUGCUGAGCGACGUGCACCGCGUCUUCGCCGUGGACGCCCUGGCCUCGUCUCACCCUCUGUCCUCUGAGGAACAGGACGUUCUGAAGCCAGAGCAGAUCAGCGAGGUGUUCGACGCCAUCUCCUACAGUAAGGGAGCGUCAGUGUUACGGAUGCUCUCGGAUUUCCUGACUGAACCCGUUUUUGCAAAAGGACUGAGUAGUUAUCUGAAUCAUUUUAAGUUUAAUAACACGGUGUACACUGAUCUCUGGGAUCAUCUCCAAAUGGCCGUGGACGCGGCUGUAAUCAAGCCUCCGAGGAAGGUCGGUGAGAUCAUGGACCGCUGGGUUCUUCAGAUGGGAUUCCCCGUGGUGACCAUCGACACCACGACGGGAAACGUGAAUCAGAAGCACUUCCUGCUCGACCCUGAAUCCGUCGUGGACAGACCAUCUCCAUUCGACUAUGAGUGGAUCGUUCCUAUGCAGUGGAUGAAUACUGGAGUGCAGCAGAACAUUUACUGGCUGGAACAAAAACAGGUUACAAACACUCCGAUGAAGGUGGCUGGAGAUGAUUGGAUCGUGGCAAACCUGAACGUCUCGGGAUAUUACAGAGUGAACUACGACCUGGGGAACUGGGAGAAACUUCUGACAACCCUCAGCACAUCUCACCAGAGCAUCACGAUUAUCAACCGAGCUCAGAUCAUCGACGACGCUUUCAAUCUGGCAAGGGCACGAGAGAUUUCCACCACCCUGGCACUGAGAACUACGCAGUAUUUAAUAACGGAGAGAGAGUACAUACCCUGGCAAUCAGCCCUCAACAACCUGGAUUAUUUCUACCUCAUGUUUGAUCGCAGUGAGACUUACGGACUGCUGCAGGCGUACACUAAGCAGCAGGUGGAACCCUUGUUUACGUAUUUUGGGGGCAUCACUGCCAACUGGACGAAGGUUCCUGAGGGUCACAUGGAUCAGUAUAAUCAGGUGAACGCCCUGCGGAUGGCCUGCAGUAGCGGCGUGCAGGAGUGUGUGGAGCUGGUACGAGGCUGGUACGAAGACUGGAUGAACAACCCGGACGUCAACCCGAUCCAUCCCAACCUGAGAUCUACGGUGUACUGCCGCGCCAUCGCUGCAGGGGGCGCCAGGGAGUGGGACUUCGCCUGGAAAAUGUUCCAGAACGCCCCCAUCGCCACCGAGGCCGAUAAACUGCGAGCGGCGAUGGCCUGCAGCAGCACGCCAUGGAUCCUCAACCGGUAUCUGACCUACACCCUGGAUCCAUCAAAAAUACGUAAGCAGGACGCAACAUCCACAAUCAUCUCCAUCGCAGGAAACGUAGCGGGGCAACCGCUGGCGUGGGACUUCAUCAGAGCCAACUGGGCAUACAUCUUCGCUGAGUACGGCGGUGGAUCGUUUUCUUUCGCUAAUCUGAUUAACGGCGUCACCAAACGUUUCUCCACCGAGUUUGAGCUCAAACAGCUGGAACAGUUCCGGGACGAUAACAUGGACGUCGGGUUCGGUUCCGGUUCCAUGGCCAUCGAUCAGUCCAUCGAGAGAACCAAAGCCAACAUGAAGUGGCUCCAUCAGAACAAAGAGGAAGUUCAGACGUGGCUGGAGGGCGCGAUUAAAGAAUGAACACACACACACACACACACACACACACACACACACUCACACACACACUCACACACACACACACACACACACACACACACACACACACACCCUGCGUCUCUAUAACACAGUGGGAUUAUUUAUUUAGCUCAUGCCGACGUUCUUUAACGUGGUUGUUUUUCAGCUGAUGUUCUGGAUGAUGAAUUUUAUUGUAC